AUGAGUUAAAUAUAGAAAUAUCACUACUUAGGCUUUAAACCCUGGAGCUAAUAAACGUGGAAGCCAACGUUCAAGUAUCGUCACUCAAAACUACGUUGACUAUUUUCGCAGUAGCAUCUUCAACCUCCUCCUGGAUUGUUUUAUCCCAUCAAUCAUCAUGCUUUGAUCCAUCUCGUUAAUCUCCAUGUUUGAAUCUAGCCCAGAUUAACUAAUGGCUAAUUCAUCCGACCCAUCUUCCUGCUUGAGCUUCACCUCCUCUCCCCACAUAUCCAACGCCUCCAUUAACCCCAACUCCUCCGCCUCCGACCCGCCGCCCACCCCCGAGUUACUCACCAACCUCAGCUCCAAUUUGGGCCGGCUACUGGCCGACUCCGGCGGCGACUACAGCGACGCCGAAAUCACCGUCGAGGGCGUUCCGGUUGCUGUCCACCGAUGCAUUUUGGCUUCGAGGAGCGAGUUUUUCGCGGAGUUAUUCAGGCGGGAAAAUGGGGAUUCCGAAAAAGAAGGAAAGCCCAAGUACUGUAUGAGUGAUUUGCUGCCUUUUGGGCAUGUGGGUUAUGAAGCGUUUCUGGUUUUCUUGAGCUUUGUGUAUACUGCAAAGGUGAGGGAUUUUCCGGUCGAGGUUUCGAGCUGCGUUCACAAUGUGUGCGGCCAUGAAGCUUGUCGACCCGCCAUUGAAUUUGCUUUGGAGUUGAUGUGUGCUUCUUCGGUUUUCGGAAUGCCGGAUCUGGUUUCCAUAUUGCAGCGACAGCUUAUCGAUUUUGUAGUGAAAGCUCUGGCGGAUGAUGUUAUCCCAAUCCUCGUGGUUGCGUUUCAUUGUCAGUUAAGUCAGCUCAUUGAUCAGUGUAUAGAGAGAGUGGCACACUCAGAUCUUGAUAGUAUAUCUCUAGAGAAAACACUUCCUGAUGAGGUUGUGGAGAAGAUUAAAAUUCUUCGCCGCAAUUCUCAGCACUGCUGCGACCCAAACAUGCCAGCCGUGGACCCCUUGCGUGAGAAGAGAAUCAGGAGAAUACAUAAGGCACUGGACUCAGAUGAUGUUGAACUUAUGAAACUUCUUUUAACCGAGUCUGAUGUAACCUUAGACGAAGCCAAUGCGCUCCAUUAUGCUGCUGCUUACUGCGAUCCUAAGGUUGUGGCUGAAGUGCUUGGCCUGGGUCUGGCUGAUGUUAACCUCCGGGAUUCCCGGGGUUAUACAGUGCUUCACAUUGCUAUGAUGCGGAAAGAGCCAUCAAUUAUAAUAUUGCUUUUGUCUAAUGGCGCUCGUGCAUCAGAGCCGACUUUGGAAGGUGAGAGUGCUGUUAGUAUUUGCCGGAGGUUGACAAGGCCAAAGGAUUAUCAUACAAAAACAGAGCGGGGGCAAGAAGCAAACAAAGACCGGAUUUGCAUUGAUGUUCUUGAGAGAGAAAUGCAGAGGAAUCCAAUGGCUGGAGAGGCAUCUAUAUCUUCCCAAAUAACGCCCAAUGACCUGCACAUGAGAUUGCUGAAACUGGAGAAUCGAGUGGCAUUCGCCAGAUUGUUAUUCCCUGCUGAAGCCAAGCUAGCCAUGGCCAUUUCACAGGCAGACACAACGCCUGAGUUUGCCGGGAUCUCUUCGUUGAAAGGAUCUAGUGGGAAUUUGAUGGAGGUUGAUUUGAACGAGACUCCCACUGUGCAGAACAAAAGACUCCUUUCUAGGUUGGAAUCCCUUGUGAAAACAGUCAGUAUGGGUAGACACUAUUUUCCACAUUGCUCGGAAGUCCUCGACAAGUUCCUUCAGGUCGACCUUCCUGAUUUGUGUGUCCUUGAGACGGGCACCACUGAUGAGCAGAAAAUAAAGAGGCGGCGUUUCUUGGAGCUUAAGGAGGAAGUACAAAAGGCAUUUGACAAGGACAAAGCUGAUAAGAACCUAUCCGGGCUGUCUUCGUCAUCCUCCUCACUUCCUCCGAAAAAGUUGGGCGCAAGUCCAAAGGUUAGGAAAUUGUGAAGGCAUGUAAAUUGUAUCUAACUGUAGGCCUCCCAGGUACUUGUAAAAUGGUUUCUGUCAUUUCCAGUACUUCAAUCAACAGAUGAAUUCUCUGAUCAAUGAAACAGUGUAAUUCUUUACA